UUCAAGCAAAAAAAUAUAAAUGUCAAAUUGACAUAUAAUUUUGACGUAAAAUGUGACAUUUAGUGACGUACGAGACAUGACACCUUUGACAGAAGAAAAAGUUAUUUGUAUUGUUUGGUACGACAUCCACGAAAAAUCUGGGAGUUGCUGCUGGUGCGUUCGUCCAAGCAGAUGACCACGUGGUGGUGCUGCUGCCGACGCCCCGAGGAUGCCUCCGAGAUGCGUUGCCUAGACUUCUCACAUCAUUCCCUACAUGACGUUCCACCAGAUGUAUUUGAAUUUGAGCGUACUCUCGAGGAGCUCUAUCUCAAUUCCAAUAGAAUUUCCGAUUUGCCGCGCCAACUCUUUUUAUGCUAUGAACUGAGACGCCUCUAUCUCCAGGAUAAUGAUCUCGUGAGCAUUCCCGCCGCAAUUGGGGCCCUUUCUAAUUUACAGACGAUUGACUUGAGCAGAAAUUCCCUCUCAACAAUUUCUGAUGAAAUACGUAAAUGUAAGAAUCUCCUUGUACUGAAUCUCAGUGGAAAUUCCUUAGGGCGUCUUCCUGAGGCCCUUACGUGCCUUCUCAAUCUCCAAGAGAUGUACCUCAAUGACACAUUCCUUGAGUAUUUACCUGCAAAUUUUGGACGUUUAGCUGCACUACGGGUAUUGGAACUUCGUGAAAAUAAUCUCAUGACACUGCCAAGAAGUAUGGCAAGGUUGCAAAUGUUGGAGCGCAUCGACAUUGGUGCCAAUGAAUUUACAGAAUUACCCGAAGUUGUUGGGCAUUUAGCCAAUUUAACUGAACUCUGGAUUGAUGGGAAUCGCAUACGGCGGAUCUCUUCGAAUAUAACAAAUUUACGAAAGCUCCAGCAUUUUGAUGCAAAUGGGAAUUUACUGACUGAACUCCCGUGUGAAAUUGGGGUUUGGACAAAAUUACUCGAACUUAGUUGCUCAACAAAUGAAUUGGAAUUUUUACCAUCAUCCAUUGGGAAUUUACGUUGUUUGGUUACACUAAAACUUGAUGAGAAUCAACUGCAAGAGCUCCCAGAUACCAUUGCAAAUUGUGAAGCUCUCGAAGAAUUAAUGGUGAGUCACAAUCAACUACGUAGCCUACCACCAACAAUUGGUCUUCUACGUCGUUUACGUAUCCUGUCGGCUGAUGAAAAUAUUUUGGAGACUCUUCCAGAGGAGCUAUGCUCGUGUACAUCACUCUCCAUAUUAAGUGUUCGUAGCAAUAGACUCCUCUUUUUACCAUCAAAUCUGGGACAUCUUACCAAUUUACGUGUUAUCAAUACUGUAGCCAAUAGGCUAACGCACCUACCCCUGUCACUGCUAGGUCUGAGGAAUUUAGCAGCAAUUUGGGUGUCUGACAAUCAGAGUCAACCCCUUGUGCCGCUACAACGGGAAAUUUGCUCCGAUGGUACAGUUAGGCUCACAUGUUUUAUGCUUCCACAAACUGGAGCACCCACCCUGGCACCUCCAACACUUUCAACGUCAUCCCGCAAGAUUACGUUUCGUGAAGCGAACACAGGACAAGAUUCCCCGGGGAAACUUUUGCGUAGCCCAACGCCAUAUGCAAAGCAAUUGCGUCAAAUGGCAACUCAUAGGAAAAUAAUGAAUGUCCGAAGGGAUUUUAGGGUAACACCUGGGGGUGAUGGUGUUGAAAUUAAAAUAGCCAGAGUAGCACCAAUUCCCGAUCGUACAACAUGGAUGUUUGGGCAACAUCACAAUCCAACUGUAAUGCAAAUCUCACUCCCUGGAGCAGCUGCACAAGGUAUUAGUUUAAUUGCUGAAGAUGGUGGGCUGUACAUUGAGGCCGUUCAGGGUGCAUCAGCUGAAUAUCUAAGGCCCCGUGAUAAGGUGCUCGAUGUUGAUGGCGUGGAUUUCACGAAAAUCACCUUAGAACAGGCACACCAUCAUCUCAAUACCAAGGAGCCCAUAUCACUUAUGAUCUCACGUGCAUAGGUGCGCGUACCACCCCCAGUGAGUGUUGUCCUACAAAAAAAGGAAAAUUAAAUAAUGUAUACACAAAGUCUGAUUCACACACAUAUAAUGUAUUGUACAUUUUACGCAAUAAAUACUAUACCUGCCAAA